UAGAGACCGGAGAGACCAAAAAUUUACACCGAUGCACAGGCAAUGCUACAUUAACAAGACAAAUCGACCAGCGGCUGCCUUUGAUUCUUGUAAUCAAUGUUACAGGUAUUAGUAUUAUUGAUGAAGGAAUGUAUCUCCAGAACAAAGAUCUACUGGAGAAAAUCAGUUUUUCUUUAGAAGACCAAGCUAUGACACAAAGAUAUCAUCUUACGGGGGUUGCUUUUUGCAAUAACAAUCACCAUAUUGCGGAUGUCCGUUUCGAGAAUACCAAAAAUGCAGGCUGA